GUUCCAUUUUCGCGAUAUCUCUUUUUUAUUGCUCCAUAAUAAAUAAAACAAUGGGUGCAGAAGUGGAACAAAGCCCAGCAGUUUGAGGAGUCUAUAAAAGACGAGUUCUUAGUCAAACAGGGGUUCACUUUCGAAUGUAGAAUCUCAACAUGAGGCUGCUUGCUGUUCUUCUGUUAUCAGCCUUUUCAACAUUCUGCGAGGGAUCGUGGUCUUUUGGCUCAGUUCAGCCUGUUAGAACAGAGUCUCGUCCAAAAGCGAAGAAGCCACAGUAUAAGAACUAUGACCUGUACUAUUACAAUCCUGAAACGCUAGGUUCUUCCUUUUACUAUGGAUCACAGACUCAUUGUCAGUGUCGUCCCGGACCUCCGGGUCCUCCGGGUCCACCAGGAGUUGCUGGCCUUUCAGGUGAAGAAGGAGCGCCGGGUGAAAAGGGCGAACGCGGUGAUCGUGGAGAAAGUGGCGAACGCGGAAGAAGUGGCAGACCGGGCUAUCCUGGAUUUCCGGGGCCCAUUGGCCCACCAGGUCCCCCAGGUUUGCCUGGAAAACCAGGGGUACACCACCAGACACAACGUCCAACAAUCGUUUAUUUACCGGCAGAGGACAAGCCGCCCAAAAAAGAAACCACAAAGGGCGUUCAAGCAUUGAAAAUCCACCAUCAAAACCCGAUAACAGAAAGUCCAUUAAAAAAGCAAGCAAACCCAAGGCACCGCAGCCCAUGCGAGCAAACUCCAGUGAAAUUAAGGUUCUGAAAAUUAGUUCGCAGCUGACCCCAAACCACAAAAACCUAAAUCGCAAAAGACCAACUGCUUCCCCUGUUUCCAAUCGCAAGCGAAUCAAUCAGAGCAACAAGAUAAACACACCAAAUAAGAACAGAA